AUGAUGUGUGGAUGGGAUGCCCCUGGCUAUAGGCCGCCCAGUCGCGGGUGCGUCCUACAACCCUCUACGUCCAAAGAAGUCUCCGCCAUUCUGCGUCAUUGCCACGAUCGGAGGAUUGCUGUUGUUCCACAGGCAGGAAACACCGGGCUAGUCGGCGCCAGUAUCCCAGUCCACGACGAAGUCGUACUCUCCGUGAGGAAGAUGGACAAACACUUUAAAUUUGACGAUCAUACAGGUGUCCUUUCCUGUGACGCCGGCCACAUUCUUGAGGAGCUGGAGAACAAGCUGGCCAAGUGGAACUACAUGAUGCCGUUUGAUCUGGGGGCCAAGGGUUCCUGCCUGAUCGGGGGUAACCUGGCUACUUGCGCCGGCGGUAUCCGGCUGCUUCGCUACGGUAGUCUACACGCUCAUGUGCUUGGCUUGACAGUGGUCUGCCCAGAUUCCAAGGGAUCGAUCCUAGAGCUUGGCAGCGCCAACACGUCCAAUGACUGCCGCAAAAUUCCGCGCAUCGCCAAGGAAAAGUUGGGCGAGAUUCUGUCGUCUUUUGAGAUGAUGGACAGGGGGACGAUGGGGGUUUUGAAGGCGCAAUCCCACGAAGAAGCUCGUCUAAUGUGGCGGCUCCGGGAAUCGGCUACCAUUGCUUUGACGAUGGAUGGCCAAGGCAAACGGCACGAUGUCUCGCUGCCACUUGAUCAUUUCUAUCGACUGACUGAAGAGGUCCAAAAGCGUGUGGGCAACGUCGCGAAACGGGUGGUGACGUACGGGCAUAUGGGAGAUGGGAAUAGCCAUCUGAAUUUGACGUCGACCAAGGAGAAAGCGGAGGAGUUGUAUCAAGUG